GCUUAAGCAACACGUAGCCUUACCACACACCCCUCGGCUCUAGUAGCACACUCCCACAGGCCACACAGCCUAGCCAUGUCUCGGUCCACGUUAAUCAUCCUCGCUCUCCUCGCCGUGAGCAGCGCCGUCGCCGCUCCCCGUGCUCUCGCGGCACGGGAGCUCGCCGGCAACGAUGCCAUCGCCGUCGACGCUGCCAUGGUGUCGAGGCACGAGAAGUGGAUGGCGGAGCACGGGCGCACGUACGCCGACGAGGAGGAGAAGGCGCGGCGGCUGGAGGUAUUCCGCGCCAACGCCAAGUUCAUCGACUCGUUUAACGCCGCAGAGGACAGCAGCCACCGGCUGGCCACCAACAGGUUCGCCGACCUCACCGACGAGGAGUUCCGCGCCGCGAGGACCGGCCUCCGGCCGGUGGCUGGCGCGGGGAGCGGCGCCGGCGGGUUCAGGUACGAGAACUUCAGCCUGGCCGACGCGGCCGGGAGCAUGGACUGGAGGGCCAUGGGCGCGGUCACCGGCGUCAAGGACCAAGGCUCUUGCGGCUGCUGCUGGGCGUUCUCGGCGGUGGCGGCGGUGGAAGGGCUGACCAAGAUCCGCACGGGGCGGCUGGUGUCGCUAUCGGAGCAGCAGCUGGUGGACUGCGACGUGAACGGCGACGACGAGGGCUGUGCCGGCGGCCUCAUGGACAACGCCUUCGAGUACAUGGUCCGCCGCGGCGGCCUCACCACGGAGUCGUCCUACCCGUACCGCGGCACGGACGGGUCGUGCCGCCGCUCGGCCUCGGCCGCGUCCAUCCGUGGGUACGAGGACGUGCCGGCCAACAACGAGGCGGCGCUGAUGGCGGCCGUGGCGCACCAGCCCGUGUCCGUGGCCAUCAACGGCGGCGACAGCGUGUUCCGGUUCUACGACAGCGGCGUACUGGGCGGGUCCGGCUGCGGCACGGAGCUCAACCACGCCAUCACGGCGGUCGGGUACGGCACGGCGAGCGACGGCAGCAAGUACUGGAUCAUGAAGAACUCGUGGGGCACGUCGUGGGGCGAGCGCGGCUACGUCAGGAUCCGCCGCGGCGAGCGCGGCGAGGGCGUCUGCGGCCUCGCCCAGCUCGCGUCCUACCCUGUCUAGCUGAUUCGAUCAGUGCGCACGUCACUAGCUGGCUGGCUAGCUUGGCGUAUGGUUAGUGUUUGGUUCGCUACGCUAUAAGCACCGUACGUUCCUGGCACGCUUAUCCGAUCGACUAAACUAGCUACUCGUAGAUAAAUAAUCUGAAGAUAAUUAAGAUUGUGUGUGUACAUAUAGAUGUGUACUGUAGACGAUAAAUAGGUACUGUAACGACGACCCAAUCAAAGUAUGUGCGGGGUUGCUUGUAUUGUUGUACGUAGCUGCGUGUGCAUGUAUCAUGAAACCAUGAUGAAUUUGUACAUAUUGGUUUGUAAGUUGUAACCACAGAACAUGUAUUGGGCUGCGUAUUUCACCGCAAAAAAUAUACAGAAGAUGUAUUAGGUUGCGUAUUUCGCCAUUUA